UUUGAUUUUAUCUAGGUGACUACCCCUAUUAAAACCAGCAAGAUGCGCACUAAGCUUGAGAUCCCCUUACAUAAUUCUGGUUUGGAUCAUGAAUUUCGUCGGUAAAGUGGUCCUAAUUACGGGAGCAAGUUCUGGAAUCGGAGCUGCAACCGCCAUUAAGUUUGCCAAGUACGGCGCCUGCCUGGCCCUUAACGGUCGCAAUGUGGAGAACCUCAAGAAGGUAGCUGCGGAGUGCAGCAAGGUGAGCCAGUCGCAGCCAGCCCUGGUGGUGGGCGAUAUUGCCAAGGAUGCGGACACCCAGAGGAUUUGGUCGGAGACCCUGAAGCAGUACGGCAAAUUGGACGUGCUGAUCAACAAUGCCGGCAUCAUCGAGACGGGCACCAUCGAGACCACUAGCCUGGAGCAGUACGACCGCGUGAUGAGCACCAACCUGAGGGCGAUCUACCACCUGACUAUGCUGGCAACCCCCGAGCUGAUCAAGACCAAGGGCAACAUCGUGAACGUGUCCAGUGUCAAUGGGAUUCGCUCUUUCCCCGGCGUCCUGGCCUACAACAUAUCCAAAAUGGGCGUGGAUCAGUUCACCCGCUGCGUGGCGUUGGAGCUGGCUGCCAAGGGUGUCCGGGUGAACUGCGUGAAUCCCGGGGUGACGGUCACCAACCUGCAUGCCCGCGGCGGCAUGGAUGCGGAGACGUACAAAAAGUUCCUGGAGCACUCUAAGACCACACACGCCUUGGGUCGUCCUGGAGAUGUCAAGGAGGUGGCUGCGGCCAUUGCCUUCCUGGCCAGCGAUCAGGCCAGCUUCAGCACUGGAGUCAGCCUGCCGGUGGACGGAGGUCGCCAUGCCAUGUGCCCACGCUAAAUCUACUGGAUAUCGGCGAUUGCAAUUUUAGACUGUUUUAAAUGCAUUUAAGCGGUAUCUUUAUUUGUUACUCUGCUUUUUAUAUAAAACUGAUUACCAUUUAUUUAGUCAUCUGUGUUCAGAACUCAACUAGUUUCCCAAAAAUUAGCUUUAGAUUAAAGUAAUAUUCUUGAACGUGAUUGGAAUUAUAAGGUAAUUAAUCACUUCUGUCAUUUAAUUUGUAAUAUUGAAGAUUUCCUUGGACAUAUUCGAGCUCUUUAUUCCAAAUUCUUGUUUAGUUAGAAACGUACAGUUGCAGUUGUAUUUUUCGAUACUAUUAUUACUUAUUGAUAUAAAAACAGCUUUAAUCAGAUUAAGAA